UGGUUCGCACCCCCCAGUUAUUACAAAUCUAAAAAGUAACAUAUUAUUGCACAUUAUUUUUACUUUUUAGCCAUUAAAACAUGUUUUUAAACUAUAAUUUUUUGUUUUGGUUUUUUAGGUUCGUUGGAUCUCUGAAUAAAAUCAGUUCUGAGUGAUCCUCCUCUAAAGUCAACUGCUUUCUAGUUGUAACCAAAAAAACCCUAAAUAUAAUUUAAAAACAUGUUGAAAAAACUCAUUUUUGAGGUUGAAAUGUGCCUAGUAAAGUUGAGACCUCAAGGAAUAUGUUAAACUUGAGUUUAAUAAAAACUAAUUAUAUAUAAUAAUAAACUUGAACUCAAAAGUAUUCAGUUCCAAAGAUCGAUGUCGUCUGAAAAUUUUAUGAUGAGGAAUACUUGCCAUUAACAUCAUUUUCUUUUCUCCAUCUCACUGAAUUCCACAGCAUCUCAAGAGCCCUUUGUGUAUCGUAUUCUUGGUGCAUGAUGAACCUUCGUAACCAGUCGUCACUGGUUUUCACCCUUGCCAAAUCUUUAGGGUGGACAGCUACAAAAAAACGAAAUGUUCAAUGUUAGACCGGAAAUAUCCGUUAAGGGGUACUUACAACCGCUUCCUUUUGUUUCCACAUCUUUUAAAAAUAAAUUUCGCAGUUCCUCUAUCUGGUUUUGAGGAACGGACAUCGUAUCCAGCGAAAAUCUCAAUUAAAACCUCUAAAAUUAAGCUUAGCUAUUAAGAUUAUAAGAUAAGCGUAUCUACACGAGGAGAGAUAAAACCAUAUUACAACAAAUUAAUAUAAAAGUACAAAACGAUAAAAAAACUGGACGUUGAAAAACAUCUAGCUUGUAGUUUCAAGGUUAGGCAAAACCACCGUUGCCAGAUGGGUAGGACAGGAUUUCCCCGGAGCACGCUCAAAAAAUCUCUUAAAUCACACUGCAACGGAAAAGGGUAGGCAAUUGAAAAAUCUGAUUAACAAAGUAUCUUUGGGAUCCUCAUUCCAACCGCGGUGCCCUGGCAUUUAGGUUUCUGGCUGCACAGUGUUUCAGUGUAAAAAAAAGUGAUUAGUAAAACCUGUAUGUGAUCUCAUAUUUGACUAGGCUUGUAGGGUCAUACGCAGAAGAUUUAUACGAUUUAUCAACAUGGGAUUAUCAGUUUGAAGUUCAAAUGUAUCCCUGUUAAUGCCGCAAUAAUGUAUGAGUAAAUACAUAUUGCGAGAACGAGACUUCUCUCUUGCUCCAUAUGACUAGGAUACAGCUCUUUCUACUCCCAAUUGACAAUGUAGAGAUGUGGCGACAUACGGAAAAAAAGAGAAAUUUUUUUAUUCAGAAGUGAGCAGUUCUGGCUGAUUGAAAAUGUAAUAGAAUACCAAAAAGUUCUGUUUUACCAACAAAAUCCCACAGAACUUAUAUUCCCCAAAAAAUUUUCGGAUGUAAAAUCUCUCGAACUUAGAGAAAAAUCUCUCAAUACGGCAACCCUGGGAAAAUUAGUUCUAACGCACUACCGAUAGAUGCCGCAAAAUACCAUUACAAAAAUCUUUCAUGAUAGCAUACCAAACUUCGAUAUGCUACACUUAGAUGGCGCAGGACAAAAUACAAUUAUUAUAUUCGUUACAAAAAAUCUAGGAACGUUGGAGUUUACGUUUAAAAACUGUAAUUCUUGGAAAUGAGAGAUUCUUUUACCUAGUUCAACACCUACACUGAAAAGAACAUUCAGGUAUCCGCAACUCGUUGACAGUUGAAACUGACAGAUAAGGGUGACAAGUGACAGGUGGGUAACAUUUUUGUCUCAAAGCAAACAAAACUAACCAUGGUUUUUUAGUAGAUUUUUUAUAAACUUUUUCAAUGUAAAAAACAGCAAUUAUAGAUUUAUUGAUUACAUCAAUUAAUACUUCAUGAUGUCUUAAACUGGCAUAUCGUGUAUACGGUUACAGUCUCGUAUCUAGAAAAAUGUAGUUACAAAAGGGAUUUCCAAGUUUUCCACUUGAAAUAGCGCAACAUUAAAUUCAGUAGAUCCGAUGGGUUCUCACCAAAAGCAAAUAUAUCUAACUUCCGACCGAUUAUGCAGAACCUGCAUGUAUAGUGGUGCAGAUGUCAUUUCUUUGUUCGAUGUGAUUGAUAUUGGGGAAAAGAGGGAAACCUUAAGCUCCAUACUUGUAAAAUGCACUUCUAUCCAGGUUACCAGAAAUGAUAUUUUCCCUCAACAAAUAUGCCAAAUAUGCUUGAAACGGCUGUUGGACGCAUUUUUAUUUAGAGAAGAUUGUCACAAGAUACAUCGAAAGUUUGAAGAGCUGUUCCAAAGUCAAACCACCUUAUUGUGCGAUAAUGUAUUGGACACUAUAAACAACGAUACUGGAAAUGUUCUAGCAAAAAAUGAUUGUAUUUCUAAUAAUGUCUCAAUACAAAGUGCAACUAAUAGCAAGAGUAUUCACGUCGUAGAUGAAAUUAAUGUAAAAGUAAAACCUGAACGAUUUGAAGAUAUCUGUGUGGAAUCUGACCGUAACAUAACUGAAGAGACUGAACUUGCCGAUUUAGAUUUUAAAUAUGCUUGUUCUAAAUGUGACAAGACUUUUUGGACUGAACACACCUGGAAAAUGCACGAUAAUGUCCAUGCUAAGAGAAAACUGACAAAAUGCGGUGUCUGUGGAAAAGCAUUCACGAGGCCUGCAGAUGUGAAACGUCACAUGUCAGUUCACACGGGUCUGAAACCGUACACUUGUGCCAUUUGUCAAGCAUCUUUUACACAAUCUGGAUCGUUGGCUACGCACAUGAAGAAACAUGAUGAAUUUAAAGGAUUGAACACUAACAAGAAAAAGAUGGAGCAGAUGGCAUAUCUUUGCUCUCACUGUGGGAAAGAAUUUAAACAUUGUUCUAGUUUGAUUACCCAUGUUAGAGGACAUAAUAAGGAUAAACCAUACUUUUGCACUGUGUGUGAUAUGAGGUUUGUUUCUAAUGGAAAACUAACUUCCCAUAUGCGAAUCCAUACAGGUGAAAAACCGUACAUUUGCAAAUGUUGUGGAUCCUCGUUUCUCAAUCAACAACCUUAAAGAAACACAUACGAUCUCACAUGGGCGCAAAGGAUCACAAAUGUCAGCAGUGCAGUAAAAGUUUCGCCACUUCAUACUACUUGAAUAUACAUAUAAGAAAACACACAGGCGAACAGCCACUGAAGUGCAGCGUUUGUGGCAAAUCAUUUUCGGAUCCGAAGAAUCUGAAACAACACAUGAUGAUCCACAGCGGAGAUCGACCGUACCGCUGUCUGACAUGCGGAAAGGCGUUCAGAAGAAGUCACCAUUUGAAAACGCACAUGGCUGGUCACCUAAGAAACUUGCAACUUGUAAGAUAAUUCGUAUAUUGUUGUCUUUUCAUGGUUAUACUCAGUUCUCUUGAUUCACGAACAGCAACAAUGCACUUUCUUGUUUCCUUGGCCUGAUACAUUUUUUUGCAAUACAUGGUGUUUCCAACACAUGGGGAACUAUUUACAUAUUCUAUAUAGGUAUUUUUGUACGAAAUUUCACUAUGUACGGUGCAUUCUGGUUUUCCAUGAAAUAUUUUUUCGAAUUUGUUUUUGAUACAGCAGGGAAAUACAAGUACAAAAUGUACGUGAUGAUUGUACCACGACUCGUAACACCGAGUCUCUGCACAAGGUGAACAAAUCUACGGGGCCUUGGAUGACGACGUCUUGGAAAACGAUCUGCAUACACUCGCGAAGCCUCGGUCGCAUUUUGAAGACACUCAUCGUAAAUUAACAGCAUGUCUACUAGUUCGCUAUUGGUGUAUGAGUGUGCCAUUUUUUUUUAUUCUUUGAACAGGAAUCGGGUACCAAUGUAAUCGUUUGUUGAGCUACACUACCGGUUAGGUUGCAUGCUAGCGUAUUUACAUCGUAGUCGUACGUCGUAUAACUGUACGUCGUGUAAAGGAAAACCUCAACUUUGCGGACACCGUAAAAGUUAGUCAGUUAAAUAGAAAACAACUGAAAAAUUCGGCAGGCGUUCAUGAAAUUCCUAUAACUAUUAUUAGGGGUUCAUUAGAUGUAUUAAGCUAUAUAUUUAUUCUAUAUGAAGGCUUGUACCUUUAGUAGUUUAACCUAUAUGUAGUGUUCGUGGUUACACCAUUUAUUACAGUUUUUACUAGUUCAGAAUGAGCAAAAUGUCACUCAGAUUAUGCAGUUUAAUCUAGCGCACAUCAUCAUAAUAUAGCGUCAAGUCCAGUAAAUAGUACGACAACAUGUUUUUUAAACUAUAAUUUUUUGCUUCAGUUUUUUAGGUUCUUUAAAAAAUCAGUUCUGAGUGAUCCUCCUCUAAGUCAACUGCUUUCUAGUUGUAAGCAAAAAAACCCUAAAUAUAAUUUAAAAACAUGUUAAAAAAAAUUAUUUUUGAGGUUGUAAGGUGCUCAGUAAAGUUGAGACCUCAAGGAAUAUGUUAAACUUGAGUUUAAUAAAAACUAAUUAUAUAUAAUAAUAAACUUGAACUGAAAAGUAUUCAGUUCCAAAGAUCGAUGUCGUCUGAAAAUUUUAUGAUGAGGAAUACUUGCCAUUAGCAUCAUUUCUUUUCUCCAUUUUACUGAAUUCCAGAGCAUCUCAAGAGCCCUUUGAGUAUCGUAUUGUUGGUGCAUGAUGAACCUUCGUAACCAGUCGUCACUGGUUUUCACCCUUGCCAAAUCUUUAGGGUGAACAGCUACGAAAAACGAAAUGUUCAAUGUUAGACCGGAAAUAUCCGUUCAGGGGUACAUACAACCGCUUCCUUUUGAUUGCACAUCUUUUAAAAUAAAUUUCGGAGUUGUUCUAUCUGGUUUUGGGCACGGACAUCGUAUACAGCGAAAAUCUCAAUUAAAACCGCUAAAAUUACGCUUAGCUAGAUAUAAGAUAAGCUGAUCGACUCGAGGAAAGAUUUUAUAUAUAUAUAUAUAAAUAUAUAUAUAUAUAUUUCUCUUUCAAUAACCAUAUUACAACAAAUUAUAAAAGUACAAAACGAUAAAAAAACUGGACGUUGAAAAACGUCAAGCUUGUAUUUUCAAGGUUAGGCAAAUCCACCAUUGCCAGAUGGCUAGGACAGGAUUUCCCCGGAGCAAAAUAGGGACGAUAGGCGAAGGGCAGAUCUACAACAUACAAAAAAUGACCCUAGUAAAGUUUCACUGUUUUUGAGAUAUUAAUUUUUUUGUCUCUCUUUUUUUAAUCUAUAUUUUGUUGCUGAGCCUAGAAAUAACAGGAUAUCUGUUUGUUUUUUUAUUUGCAAAAUAUUCUCGGAUAUUGGUCUGCCAUUUCAAGUAUCAUUUUCGAUAAAUACAAGUACGCAAACUUGUCAAACUAAUUUCUUCUUCGUAAUUUUUAUUUUAUAAAACUAUUUUGUUCAACUUUGCUGUUUAGCAAUGAAAUAAAAAUGUAGUAGAUUGCAACUGCAAAGUACUGCGAUAAAUUACCUGCUUAAUAAGCAACAAAAUAUAGAUCAAACGAGGAAAUUUUUCGAAAAAAUUAAUAUCUCAAAACAGUGAAACUUUUACUAGAGCGAUUUUUUGGUAUGUUGUAGAUCUGCCCCAUUUUUUUGUCGUACUAUUUACCGGACUCCUUGUACGAGGCUUAGUUCUUAAACGUAAAAUAGUAUAAGCUCAAAAUAAUUUGUCCUGUGAACUGUAUAAAUCGACUUUAUCUGUGAUGAAAAUUGUUCGUGCAAGUCCAACUAAUGUUAA